UCAUACCGAGGCCUUUUAAAUUAUCAUUGACUUUUUUUAAAAUGGAUAAUUUUGUUAUUAAAACGAUAAAAUUUUCAAAUGUCGGGUAUUUUUAGAAUCAUUAAAAAUUACUCUCUGUACCACUUUCGGCAGUCUGGUAAACAUUCGACGUCAGUUUUUAAAUAUUUUUUCUUGUCUACUAUUUCGUAGAAUCAUUGCUCCGUAAAAAUUUUUUCCCGGUUGUUGUGCCGAUUAAUAAUAAAUGAUUUUUAAAAAUAACAUGAUUAUUAAUAAGAAUAUUAUUUUUGUAAUAAUAAAUGUUUUAAUAUUUAAUAAAAUUAUUUAUGCAGAGAAUUGUACUCCAAAAAUAGGAAUUAUUGGUGGAGGAAUUGGUGGAGCAUCGGCAUCUCAUUAUCUUGUAAAUUUAUUUAACGAAAAUGUGGAUAUUGAUUUAUUUGAAGCUGAUAAAAUUGGCGGAAGAUUGGCAACACUUGAAAUAAACGAUCAUGAAUAUGAAGCCGGUGGUUCUGUUAUUGAGUACAAUAAUUUGCAUAUGAGAUAUUUCGCACAGUUUUUAAAACUCGAAGAAAAUAGUCUUCCUCAGAAUUCAAAAGUUGGCAUUUGGAAUGGAGAUAAUUUUAUAUUCAACAAAAGUCCUUACCCAUUUAUUUCAUCAUUUAAAUUAUAUUAUAAAUAUGGACUUGAACUAUUGUCUUUCUACAGGCUUAUUGAUUCAAUACUCAGUGACUUUGGACGAAUAUAUGAAUAUCAGCAAGCAGAAAUAGGUUUUGAAAACUUGACAAGUUUGCUUGCUGAAAUGAAUAAUAAAUUUCCAGAAAUGCUUAAAAUAUCCACAAGGGAUUUUUUAAUUAAUAAAGGAUUCUCUUCUGCACUGAUUGACGAAUUAAUUCAACCAACAUUGACAGCUAAUUUUGGACAUGAUGCGGAUAGUGCUCACAGUAUUCUCGGUAUUUUAUCUUACGCUGUGUCAGUGUCUCCUCUUUGGUCUGUAAAAGAAGGAAAUAAAAAAGUACCGGAGAAUCUUAUCAAGAUUAAUAAGAGGGUAAAAGUUAUUCCUGCAGUAGUUAAUAAAAUAAAUUAUGCUCCCAAAGACGAUGGAUCUCCUGGAUAUGACGUCUACUAUGACACAGGAAAAUCUGAAGACACAUGGAAAAAUUAUGACGUUGUCAUAAUAGCAACGCCACUGACUCAUGAUCAAAAAAUGCCCAUAGAGUUUUCAAACUUUCCAGAAGAAGUUGACUUAAAACCUGCCGGAGAAUAUCAGAUGUCUUACGUAACAUUUGUUGAAGGCGAACUUAAUCUUGGGUAUUUCAAAAUACAGGAAUCAAUUGACGUUAUCUUGAGUUAUGAUUUUAACAAAACUGUUGUGUGUUCCAUUGAAAAAUUGACUACUGUACAAGGCGAGGAUUCAAAUGUUUGGAGAAUAUAUUCCAGGAACUCAGUGGAAAAAAAUGUUAUUGAUAAAAUGUUCCAUCAAGUACAGCAAAUUAAAGAAGUUAAAUGGAAGGCGUACCCAAAAUACUCAACAAUACAAUCUAAUAAUAAUUUCAAGCUCUAUAAUUCUCUGUACCAUGUCAAUGCUAUUGAAUGGGCAGCCAGUGCCAUGGAGAUGAGUGCCAUCGGCGGUAGAAAUGUUGCACUUCUAGUUUACAAUGAUUACAAAAAAAAAUGCAACAUGACUCCCACUUUCAAUACAAAAAGCCAAGACAGUCAACGUCACAGUGUUGAGUUAUAAAACUUUAAAUAAUUAAUCUCGUACUUCUACCUCAUUUUACCACCACCCAAAAGUUUAUUUUUUGUACGCAUAUUUAAUACGACAGGUCAUAAAUUUUUCUAUACUCAGAUUUAUAAAGUUUUUUUUUACACAAAUAAUAAUAACAAUAAAUAUAUAUUUUUUUACAUUUACUGAAAAUAUUAUUCUAAAAAUAUUCUUAUAAAUUACAGGUUAACUGUAAAAUAAAGUUUUGUAACUAUUUUAGAUAUAAAAAUAA